AGCUCUUAUGUCAUAACUUGAAAACAAGGUGAUUUGUUCAAAGUUAAAUUUUUCAUUAGUACGUCAAAUAAACUAACAACAAGAAUGUGAAAAAUAAUUUUAUUUUAUAGUAAUAAUGAAGCAAUAAAAAUAUUUAUAUUGAAAAUGGAAAGCGUUACAAAUUUUUCUAUAUCACUUAUCAAAGGUUUCAUCGACAGCUUGCGUGGUAUAACUGUCUUGCUAUAUUUGGAUAAAGAAAUAAACGAACGUGCUUUAAGCCGUUCCCCACAAUUUGAUACAGACAAUAGUAAACAAAAAGUUAAACAAACAAAAAUUAAACAAGAAUCUAAAGUACUUACAAGGGUUUUACAGUCAUGUAUCCUGAACGGGUUUAUAUUUUUGUUAAGCAUUCUUAUAUUUGAAUAUGCUCUGUUGCCGAGUGUCAAGUACCUGGUCACACUGGUGUUUGGUCACAAUCCUGGGGUGGCUCAUAGUAUUUGGGGAUGGAUGCAACCCUUUCUUUCGAUGACUUUUCGGAUGAUAUGGGUCCUGCCUCUCUUCUUGUUGAGCAAGCUGGUUAAUAGUCUGUGGUUCCAGGACAUAGCAGAUUCAGCCUAUCGCCACCGGCGUGGCCGACCACAGUUUAUGUCGAGCGUCAGUAAGAUCAUAGCCGACUCACUGUUCAGUUUAUUGGUGCAAGCUUUAUUUUUAGUCCAGAGUAUGCUAGUCAGUAUGUUACCCAUAACAUACAUCGGAGAGUUGUUAUGUCUUAUACACAUGUGUCUUUUGUACUCGCUGUACUCAUUUGAGUACAAGUGGUUCAACAUGGGCUGGGAGUUACACAAGAGGCUUACAUUCAUUGAAACUAAUUGGCCAUAUUUCCUUGGGUUCGGUUUACCGCUGGCCGUCCUGACACAGAUCCCACAGUCAUAUAUAAUAAGUGGUUGCGUAUUUUCAAUAUUCUUUCCUGUAUUCAUCCUGAGCGGAAAUGAGGCUACACCAGUAACUGGGAGUGAGUAUUCCCUCCGAUUAUUUUCCCCCGUGGUCGCCAUUUCCAACGCCAUGUUCCGCUUCGUCCGACGCAACGCCGACGACAAGAUCAAAUGACGAAAACUAUCAAAUAUUCGUUUAGCAACAAACAAACGACGCGCGUGACUCAUUCAAUCAGUUUGUUUUGUAACGAAUUUAUAUUUUUUCUUUAGCGUUUUUAGUGUUGCUAGUGACGCACAAUAUUUUUUUUUUUUGUUGACUCCUGAAUACUAUUGGAUUUUUAAAAAGACAAUUUAUAUCGAAUCUGUAAUGACUGUAGGUUAAUGCUUUAGCUUUUAUAUAAAGAACCCGAGAUACAGAUAUGUGUAUUUAGGAGACUUGGAAAAUCGUUUAUAUUAUAUAUAUUAAUAUGAAUUGUGUCACAUUUAUGUAAGGGUUAUAAGGACUGAUGUUUAAUGUUAAUUUUGGGUCUUUGUUUGGUAAAUUUAAUGGUACUGAGGUUCGUCCAGAGAUGGCGUUGUAAUUAUAAGUGGUUUUUUAGUACUGUCUCACCUUUCGCAAACCAAUGGUGCCUGAUUUCUCGUUUGAUACGUUUCUUAUUGCUAAUAAUGUGAACUUAGUUUUAAUAUCGCUCUAUGGAUAGUCGUUAGUUGUGAUUUUAUUUUUACAUGACAUAAUUUAUUAAAACAUCCGAAGUCUGAA